UACAGCGUGUGGCAACUGUGCCUGCUUUUCAUCAUCCCCGCAAUCGUCCUCAUGUUCUGCUACAUCCGAGUGAUCUGGAUACUGUGGAUGAGCACGCAGCAGCUGCAAACUAUGACGUCACCAUAUAGGUCCUACCACCAGUGCAGCAACAAAGCCCGUAACGACUCUGGAAACUGGAAACUUAAUAACGAAAGUCCCGAUACUGUGAGGCAUUCCAACAGAAGCAGGCCGUCGUCCCCUGGGGAGGAGGCGUUGCAGGCGAGGAGACAGGUUAUAAAGAUGCUGGUUGUGAUCAUUGUCCUCUUCCUGAUUUGCUGGGGGCCCAAGCUGGUCAUGCACGUGAUGAAGAAGCUGGAACUACAAGCUUUGUACAGCCCGCACAUGUUCCACCUCACGAUCCUGCUCACCUGCUUACCGUACGUGCAAUCCUGCCUGAACCCUUUCAUCUAUGUCCUCAUGUCAAAGUCGAUCAGGAAGACAAUCAAGACGUCGCUUCCUUUCUGCUUCCGCCGUUACUGCUUGUGCUACUGUUGUCGUUACAGAACAUCCGGUUCACCGGUGAAUGAACUGGUUUUAACCAACCACAGUGCAACGGGCCAAACCGGUCUGAAAACGUCGGUGGAGACAUUUAGAAGCUAUGGUGCUAAUGAACCAACGGACCUCUAAAGCAGUGUACAGAACAGAGAACAUAUUAUUUUAUUCCUACACCCCACAACUGGACUUGGCUUACCUGUACACAUACAUUAAAAGAGUUCAUUUCAAUAUGAUUUUAAAGGGCGACUGUACACCAUCGUACAAGGGUGAGAUAUAAGCAAUGAGCCUCACCUAGAGGAAUUGGUCUGUGACCUGUCGAUAACAACAAAAGCGGUCCAUGUAGAUAUUAGUACAGAAUAGGGAAAGGUGCCCGAUCAUCUGCAACCUUUCACAGAUGCCCAGCACAGUUUUGCGUGACAGCCUCGAUAAAGAAGAACGUCCUGGAAGGCAAUGCCUUCAAUCCAUCAGUGUGGAUUACGACUUCAGCAUCCACAACUGAUCUUCCUACGUCAAGACUUCUUCUGUUUCCGAAGUUAAAAGAAAGUUCUAUUCGAUACCCAUUCUAGAAGGACGAUGACGUC